AUGGGGAAAACAUCAAAAUGUUAUAGGGAUCGGCAUCAGAGACAGAGAACACCAAUUUUCUGGAGCCUGCUUUCUUUUCGGAUCUUCCCAUUUACUAUCUACAAAGUCAAUGUAAUAAGAACUCUUCACUCUCCAUUCCUAUUCAAAUAUCAACCACUAGCAUACAGCAAGGAAUCAAAUGCCUACCUUCAGUUUCGGCUGGGACCUGGUACCAAAAUGUUGUUUGAAUUUGUAAAAGAAAUGCCAAAACCUAAGACCCCAAUUAAGUUUGAUUUGGCUUCUCUUUUGGGCGGUCUCUUCUUUACAUGGGUUAUCCUGCAACUUUUCCCUGUAAGUACUCAAAUAUGUAUUUUUGGAACAGGGUUAUUAUCUGGUUUUCUUUUCCAAUUUUUUGUUCAAGAUAAAUCGUUUCCGAGGUGGAUCAUUGUUAUGGAGUUAUAUCAUAGUGAUAGCACAAAUGGCAUGAAAGAGGUCUUGAUCAUCAUAUUUGUGGAGUGGAUAUUGGUUCUAUUCUCAGCUUCUUAUGUCAAUCAAGUUUUGACAACAGGAAGUUGGAAAAGUCCUUGUUUAUUCUUGAAAAAAUUUCAGAAAAAACCUAGUUCAUCUUUUCGGAAGCCUAGUAUCCAAAGGCAAGGAUCUAAAGUUUUCGUUAUGACUGAGAAACCAGAUAUUCACCGAGAGACGGAGAAGGUGGAGCAGCUGCUACUUGAACCAAAUGUGAGUUAUGCAAUUGUAUGUGACAAGCUAAGAAAGGUUUAUCAAGGGAAGGAUGAACUGAUAAUAAUGGAAUAUAUACAAGCAUGGGUGUAUGCCCCCAGCAUGACUUGCUGGUCUGGCUUUAACACAAGCAGUUGA